UGUGGAGUUACACGUACAACGGACGCUGCAGCGCGUUCGGUGACGCCCAGCGCGUCCUCUUCUCGGCGGCGAGCAACGACAGUGGCAAGCGCACACUCGCAAUAGCGCUCGAGAGAGGCACACGGGGUAUCUAUAUCGGUGACCCCGACGACGCUCCCCAGCUCGCCAAAGUCAAAAAAGCCAUUCAAGACGCGGUCGCAAAGACGAUAUUGCGACGAGACCAACUUCGCAUUGUGUGCGAGUGCAGCUACUUGUGGAGCCCGACAGCACUUCGGACCAAGGUGGUCGACCUCGUCGCCAAGCUUGACGUCGCGUACGUGGAUGGUCUCUUGCUGCCAGCGAGCUUGCUGCCGCCGUUCGAGACGCAACUCUGCGUCGAUGAACUCGUGCACGCAUGGCGCCAACUGGUCGAGAUGCGCAACGAAGGGCUUGUGAAGCGCAUUGGCGUCACCGACUUUCCCGUCGUUUUCCUCGAAGUGCUUUUCGAGCGCUUCCCGAACGACCGCGCCGAGAUACUCUGCUUGAGCGUGCACCCGCUGCAGCCGCAGCGCCACGCCAUUCGAUUCGCCCACGCAAAACAAAUGGACGUGCUGGCUCGAUGCCCCAUUGCGCUGCCCGACACGGUGCCGUUUGCGGAUCGCGAGCGCUGGCUGCAGCUCGCGGCAUCCAUCGCGGUGGCCCACCAUACACUUCAUUUCAAGUACACGCUGCCGUCCGAGACGGUGCAAGCCGACACGGCGGUGGCCGUCUUGCCGCCCCCCGUCGACGCCAGCGUGGCGAUGCUACCCCUCAAGACGCCGACCCAAGUGGCUAUCAAGUGGCUUCUUCAGCGAGGCCUCGUGAUCGCGCCAAUCGUCGACGGCGACGAGCCGUACUCGGACGAAAACGUCGCCGAUGUCUUCUGCCUCACGCACCCGUUCGUGCACGAUGUGGCCAGCGCCGCCCCGUCCAAGCCGUUCCAGUUCAUUCUCUCGAAAGCUGAGAUGCUCGCCAUCGGUGCGCUUGGCGCCUAUCACUAA